AUGGCUAAUCAUUUAGUACAAGCCGUGUUAUCAUUAGGGUUCUCGAUUGUUGUUAUUCUUUGUAUCGUGGCUUUGGUGGCUAGAAAUGGAUAUUUGGAGGAUGAUGAGCUGAUAAACACCAAGGCAGUCUGCAUCAUCUGUAAACCAACAGAGUACAAAGACGCAUGCAAAAAGGCAUUAAGCGAGGUGUCCAAGAACUCGUCGUCCACCAAGAAGGAUUACAUAUUUGCUAGCUUCCAUAGCAUCCAAAAGGGGCUUGAUAAGGCUUCUGAAUACGCCAAGUCUGGUGGCUCGGAACUUAAGAACUGUGAGAAACUAUUAGGUGACGCCUCGGAAGCAUUGAAUCAGGUUCUUAAUGUGGCAACGAAGAGCAAAAUAGCGACUUUGGGAGAGCAGGCCGACCCCAUGCUUGUUUGGCUCACGGCUAUCCGUGCAUACCAAACCACAUGUGUCGAUGAGAUCAACGACGAAACUCUCAGAAAGGAAAUGAAACAGGAGUUAGACGAUGCCAACAAACACACCUUUAAUACGCAAAAGAUCGUCUACUAUAUCUCUGAUAUCCUCAUGGAGUUUGGGGUUGACAUGGGUAAUUUCCAUUACGCAGGACACCGCAGGCUUCUUGAUCUUGAUGAGGAGGAUGAGGGUCCAGUUCGGUUUUCUGCUGCCGACCGUACCCUUCUCGGUGGUGGUGGCGACGACGAGGACGAGGAUGAUGAAGAAGAAGACAAAGACAAAGGCCAUGGGAUGUUUAAAAAAUACACAAGCCAAGACUACUUCAAGACUCCCGAACCUGAAAAACUUAAAAAGCUUAAAAAGGGAUCAACCUUGACACCCGAUGUGGUGGUGGCUCAAGAUGGUAGCGGCGAUUUCAAGACCAUCAAACAGGCCCUUGAUGGGUAUCCUUCAAAUCACAAAGGAAGAUAUUUCAUAUACGUCAAGGCUGGUACUUAUAAGGAGGGUCAGAUCGUUGUGAAAAAGAACCAAUGCAAUGUUUAUAUGUAUGGCGAUGGUCGUGACAAGACCAUCAUCACCGGUGACAAGAGCCAAGAAAAAGGACAGACCGGGGCCACCCAGACCGCAACUUUUGUUGCGGAAGGCGAACGGUUCAUGGCAAGAGGUAUAGGAUUUAGAAACACGGCCGGUCCAGAAGGGAACCAAGCGGUGGCAUUCCGAUCCCAAGCCCCGAAUACUAUCAUGGUGGAUUGUAGCUUUGAAGGUUACCAAAACACUAUAUACUAUCAUGCCCACGACCAGUUCUACAAGAAUUGUUCCAUCUAUGGAACUGUGGACUUUAUCACUGGAAGCGGGAGGGCUUUCUUCCAAGAUUGUGAGAUCUAUAUUAGGAAACCAGAAAAUGGCCAAAGCUGUUAUAUUACAGCAGACGGAAAAAUGAAACAUGUAGAAGCUGCAGGUGUAGUGCUUCAGAAGUGUAAGAUCAAAGCAGACAAAGAACUAGAUUCGGCCAAGGGAGAAACCAAGAGCUACCUCGGUCGUCCAUGGAAGCCAGAUGCUACAGCGGUGGUGAUGCAAUGCAACAUCGGCGAUCUCAUUCAACCACAAGGAUGGAGCACAUGGCUUGAAACAAAGAAUCACAAGACGUGCAUGUUCAGAGAGUUUUACAACAAGGGACCUGGCUCUGACACCGAUGAUAGGGUCAAAUGGAAAGGAUUUAAGGUCAUCAAAGAUAAGAAAUAUGCUGGCUAUUUUACUCCUGAUCCCUUUAUGGAUGCAAAAUCUUGGGUGCGUAACGCUGGUAUUCCUGUCAAAGCAGGAUUUAAAUAUUAA